AUGGCCACAACCCCAUUUGCCCAUUUCCCCACCUCCCCAGUCAUCUGCUCCGCUUCUCCCCAACCCAACCACCACCCUAAACACAACCCGACCCGCCAGAAGUUAUCUCCUUCUCCCUCCAACUGGUGGCCUCCACUUUUCGGAUGGUCCUCCGAUCCCGACUACAUUCAGGGCUCCAACUCCGAGUCCAACCAAGAGAGCGGAGAGAUUCAGGGCCAUCCCGGGAGGGAAGCUCCGGGUCGGCCCACCAGGUCCAAGUUUGGUCUGGGGUGCUUUACAGAAGAAAAGGCCAAGGAGCUGCGGAAAAAGACCAUGGAGUCCUCAACCUUCCACGACAUUAUGUACCACUCGGCCAUUGCUUCUCGCCUUGCAUCGGACGCCUCUGCCUCUGGGACUGGGCAUCGUCAAGAACGCUGA